GCGGAAAUGAGAUCCCUUCUUGUCACCACCCACCAUCAUGCGUGUCGUAUUCGCCUCAGCUUGGUUCGCGCUCCUCAGCACCACCCUGCUAACCGUCCUCUUCGGUGCCGAGCCGGUAUCAGGAUUGAGCUUAGCGAACCUUGGGAGCAACAUAUUUGGCGGAUAAAAAGACGCUGUUGACAAAGCGCACGAUGGCAUGAACAGUACGUCUGCGUCCAUUCAAUGACUGCUUUGUUUGCGCGUGAGGCUCAGCGGCUGUACAGAGGCGCUUUCUGACGCCAAUCAUCAUCUGGGCGAGCUCGACACUCCAGAACAAUUCUGGGAGCAUAUGCUCGGCCAUCAUGCUCAGGACUACGCGGCGUCUCUCAUCCACGAAGCUGUGCAAGAGGUUGACGCGACCGUCGUCGCCCAGCUACGCCACUUUCAAUACGUGAUACAGGUAGUCGUCUCUGACACCGAGCACCUGAAAGAAGUCAUUGCACAAGCGGGAGACAAGCCAUUCGACGAGAUUCAGCAUGGUAUCGAGAAAGUGUUCGCAGACCUCCUAGAGGAGUUGAAGGAGCAAGGGAACGUGUCUCUAGUCAUCCGCAAAGCAGAAGAGGCUUUCAUCAGGUUAGGCGUGCAACACGGGGUGCCAGAGAACCAGCUUCGGACGCAUCUCGACCUGAUCGUGAAGCACGUCGAGGAUAUUGUCGUCACUGUCGGGGACUUAGCGGAACAACAUCCCAUCUUGCUCGAGACUUUGAUUGUCUCCGGUAUCAUGCUCAUCAUCCCAGAGUCGUGGUUCCUCCGUCCUCUGUUUGGGCUCUUCGGCAUGUCCACUGAGGGCCCCGUUGCAGGUUCCGCGGCGGCUUGGGCUCAGGGCCGCUUCUACGGCGCAUACAUCCCGAAGGGCAGUUGGUUCUCGCACCUGCAGCGCGCAGGCAUGAAGGGCGCGUCCCGGUGGAUCUGGUGAAGAAAGCUGUAGGCGGUUGCAUUCUGGCUGGCGGCUUGUUCGCGGGAGCCUGAGAUCGCGCGGCACUUAUUUGUUAUUAUCCAUUGUCUGAUGUAGUGUAUGUGGG